CUGGCAGCUGGAGAUCUUUGCUUUGACAUUUGCGGCUUGACAGGUUUGAUUUCAGUGCCUUUGCCGCUAAUUUUAGCUGCGAUUGCGUUUAAAGUGUUUCUUUCCAGCAGUUUCUUUAUGCAGCACUGUUUUCGGGACAAUUUUGAACUGAUGGAUUUAAUUUAAUAAUUUGCACUGCACAACAAGUUAUUUUACGAAGAAAAAGUCUGUUCUGUUGAUCAUGUCCAUUGACUCGCAAUGAUAGUCUUACGACGCAGGACACUCGUCAAGAUUACAGUGUGCAUGAUCUAUGUGAUCGGCGUGCUGGUCAUUGCCAAACGAAUGUUAAGAGUAAACGAUAGCUUUGCCUUUGACAAGCAGGCAUUAACAUCACCCGAGUCACUGUCAAGCGCACAAACACUUGAAAGUCCUCAUAGGCUAAGUUGGAGAAUUAAAAACAGGGACAAAUUUGAAAAGGCAAUCCAGAAGUUUGAGAAUGGAAUUGUACCAGGUCUUGGAGAUGGAGGAGAACCGGUCUACCUAGAAGGAGAAGAGAAAAUCGAAGGAGAAAAAGCUCUGCGGACGAAAGCACUUAAUAUCAUUGUUUCCAAUCAAAUAUCCUUAACGAGGAAAUUACCAGACGUACGCGAUCCUAGUUGCAUGGAUAUUACGUACGAUAAAGACUUACCAACUGCUAGUGUAGUCAUAAUUUUUUACAACGAACCAUGGAGUGUUUUGCUACGAACUGUACACAGUGUUCUGGGUGGUUCACCUACUUAUCUAUUAAAAGAAGUAAUUUUAGUAGACGAUCACAGUGACGAAGAGGAAUUGCAAGGCCAGUUGGAUUAUUACUUGGCAACACGCUUGCCAACAAAAGUCAGGCUUCUUCGGUUGCCGGAGCGUCUGGGAUUGAUACGCGCUCGUCUCACUGGUGCAAAAAAUGCUACCGGUGAUGUACUGGUCUUCCUUGAUGCGCAUUGUGAAGUAAUUCAAGAAUGGCUGGAGCCUCUGCUGCAAAGAAUUAAAGAGAAGAACACUGCAGUACUGAUGCCAAUUAUUGACAAUAUAUCGGAUGAAACUUUAGAAUAUUUCCAUGGUAACGAACCAUCCUAUUUCCAAGUUGGUGGGUUUACCUGGUCUGGCCACUUCAUGUGGAUAAAUAUUCAAGAAGAUGAACUUCGAUUUCGACCGUCUCCUAUUUCACCUACCAAGUCACCAACAAUGGCAGGUGGACUCUUUGCGAUAGACAGAAAGUACUUCUGGCAGAUUGGCAGCUAUGACGACAAAAUGGAUGGCUGGGGUGGAGAGAACUUGGAGAUGUCGUUCAGAGUUUGGCAGUGCGGGGGAACUUUGGAGACUAUACCCUGCUCUCGAGUUGGCCACAUUUUUAGGGACUUUCAUCCUUACAAGUUUCCAAACGACAAAGACACCCAUGGUAUAAAUACUGCACGAUUGGCUUAUGUGUGGAUGGAUGAAUAUAAAAGAUUAUUUUUAUUACAUCGUGACGAGUUUAAGGAUGAUCAAGAAUUGAUCGGUGAUAUUAGUGAACGACUAAAGUUACGAGAGAGAUUAGGUUGUAAGAGUUUCCGGUGGUACUUGGAGAAUGUCUACCCUGAGAAAUUCAUUCCGGAUGAAAAUGUAAUAGCGUACGGUAGAGUGAAACUGCGAGGUCGAAAUGUUUGCCUGGAUAAUUUGCAGCGGAAUGAAGAGAAACCUUAUAACCUAGGUCUCUACAGUUGUCAUGAUAAAGUCUUCCCCAGUCAGUUCUUUUCUCUGAGCAACAUUGGUGAAUUACGGAGGGAGGAAUCUUGUGCCAGGGUAAUAAAUAAUCCAAAGACAAAGAAGCAUAUGAAAGUUCAAAUGACUAAGUGCUCUGGCUCAAAGGGAAAUCAAGAAUGGUUACUCUCUGAUGGUGGUAAAAUUGUCCACGUGGAAACUGGCUUGUGCUUAGAUGGUACUGAUCGUAACUCUGAACAAGAUGUUGUAGCAAGAACUUGUUCUGACGCACCUGAUCAGGUUUGGCAGUUUGAUUUCUAUGGCGAAGAAAUUAUUCCAAGAUAAUGAUCGUGGAUUGAAAAGAUUAUCAAAGUGAUACGUAAAGCGAGAGUAUAAUAUUUUUAUAGGUUAUCUUACGUGCCUGCCAACUUAUUGACUGUCUCCUAAAGGAGGCAAGACAAUGAGUUGGGAUUUAUUAAUUCAGUCAUUGAACCAGUUUCAAAAGUAACAGUUGUUUUUAUGAGAUGAUAUACAGUAAGACUUGUUGAUAACUCUAGACUUUCUAAAAGCAAAUAGUUGUAUUUGGAAGGAAGAUCAUUUUUGAGGCUUGCCAGAGGCUGGUAACGACAAGAUACAAGUUAUUUCUGCUACUAUGAAAUCAUGUCUUCCAAAAACUUUCCUACAAUUGCAACACUGUCAAGAGUUCUGUCAUAUUGCUAAUAAUCGGUGAUAUUUUUUUAAUGGUUUUUAAAAAACUAACUCAUGCAUGACAGGUAGUAACAUAAUUUAAUCAUCAAAAGUUUUUCGGACGUCGGUAGAGAUUUUAUAAAUAAUUCUAGUUAAACAAAAAAAGAAAUAAGAGAAAACUGUGAUUCACUCCAAUCAAAAAUUUACUUGGAUGUGAGACUGAGGUGAAGCAAUGUUGUGAACUAUAGAAAAGGAUGCUUCCUAUUUUUUUCUCGUAUGUCGUGUUAGUUUCUAUAUUUUAUUUUUACAAUGUGUGGAAAAUUAGACAAUAUGCAGUACAUCUUAGAGGGUUUAAUCUAAGAUGUGCAAAGUACCUGGUUUACAACCCGGUGAUAAUGUUUAUUCAAUGUUAUCAGAAGAAAUGAAUCUCUGUUCAAUGUUCUGCUUAAGGUUGGAAAUAGUGAUCAUUUCCACAGGUGAACUGAUUAUUGUCCGGUAGGGUGUAGGAUGUAUUAUUGCGUGUUUACUAGGUUUUCUGUUGUGGUUAUUUAUCGUUUUCUCCUUUUUUUUUUUUGAAGACUCUAAGUACGUUUGUUGAGAUUACAAGUGCAUUUUGUAAGUUGCAUCAUAUAUUAAAUGGGUGGUCAAUAGCUUUAUUUAAUCGUUAAAAGAGGAACACUAGCAACAGAAAUAUGUUAAAUGAUAAAGAAAUAUUUAUAUUCUUUUACGUACGAACAUAAGAAACGUUUAAUGUUUCUUUUCCCCUGGAGAAGAUUCUUGUAAUAGUUUGCCUACAACUAUGAUUACAAAAUAUCAUAAAUUUGUAAUGCCGUGUAAUUUUAAUUGUAUUGAUUUUUUGGUUGUGCCUUACACUCAAGGUAGCAUAAGACGGUUGUAACGAAUUAAUGGGAUUCACUCUUUUAUCAAGAGCGCAACAGCUGUCUUCUGAAUAGAAAAUGUACAAUAGGUGUAAAAUAAACGUUAUUUUUUUAACUUUA